AUGGAUAAACUGACCAUCAUCUCAGGAUGUCUCUUUCUCGCCGCCGAUAUCUUCGCCAUCGCCAGCAUCGCCAACCCCGACUGGAUCAACACCGGGGAGUCCGCAGGAGCGCUCACAGUGGGCCUGGUGCGGCAGUGUCAGACAAUCCACGGACGAGACCGGACGUGCAUUCCCCCUCGGCUCCCCCCGGAGUGGGUCACCACUCUGUUUUUUAUCAUCAUGGGAAUCAUUUCAUUGACUGUCACGUGUGGUUUGCUGGUGGCUUCCCACUGGCGAAGAGAAGCUACAAAAUACGCUCGAUGGAUAGCAUUCACUGGAAUGAUCCUUUUCUGUAUGGCUGCCCUAAUAUUUCCAAUAGGAUUUUACAUCAAUGAAGUCGGAGGUCAACCUUAUAAAUUACCCAACAACACAGUAGUUGGGUCAUCAUAUGUACUUUUUGUCUUAUCAAUUUUCUUUACAAUAGUAGGACUUCUAUUUGCUGGCAAAGUUUGUUUACCAGGCUGAUGAAUGUCUAAAUUGCUUGACUUUUUUAUUAUUUCUUAUUUUGUUUUAUUUUUUUAUUUUUGGAGGGUGGAGAGGACAAAGGCAAGGCAUCUGAGUGGUCCUUGCUUAGGAAGAUGCUCAGAGGAAACAUGCUGAAAAGAAAAAAAUGCUUUGAUUUGUUCUCACUAUGCACUUUGGAUUUUUAAAAAAUGAGAGCCUUUUCCAUAACCAAAUACAGACAAUAUUGACUAAGCUUCCUGAGCGUAUAUUCGGGCAGUCAGGUCUGCACUGUGAUAGGCACCUAGUGAAGGAGGGUGCUUUCUGCUGGAAGCAUGUGGCCCUUUGUGACUGUUGUUAUGUUUUACUGUCUAAUGAUUCAUUUGAGG